UUCAAUGUUGAAAUAAUACUUUUUAAAUUAAUAAACAAGAAAGAAGAAACUGUUUAGAGAUUCUAUUAGUGACAGACGUUCAAAAUAUUGUUGGUUUUUGUGUGGAGUGUGAACUUGUCCAAAUUUCGUUGGCAACACUGUUAUUGCAAAAUUUAGGGGAAAUACCAGGCAGUAAUCUGACAACACUGUUUGCAUCGAUUUUAAAUUUCAGUUUGUGAUCCAUCCAUUCAAUUAGUAUUGUCAUUUUGGAUUGAUUUGAUAUGACUUAGUAGUGCUUUUAAUAGAAAAAAUGGAUGGGAUAUCUGCAUACAGUUACUUUUUGAGGGCACAUUUGCCUCAAUUAAUGCUAUCCAAUGUUCCUGAACAUUUUUGGGAAACGUUGUCGAAAAAGAUUACUGAUAAUAUCUUUGAUUGCGGUUUGACUUUUCAAUUAUUAGAAUUAGAUUAUGAAGAUUCUGAUUUUAUGCCCUAUGAUCCUUUUUGGAGCGUAGUGCCAAUAUGUGACAUUAAACGUUCAGAUCCCAAUCAUAUAUAUUUAAUAGAUCAUGCUUGGACGUUUAAAGCAAACCGCAUUAAAAAUAACCUAAGGAGCAUACCGGCUUUGUUGGAUAGAAUGUGCGCUCUCAUGAAAGUGGUUAGUGGGAGUAUUGAAGAAAAAAUUGAUAAGGUAUCUCGUGGACUGUGGAGAUAUGCACAUACUUAUGCUGUUAUUGGUGAUCAGUUUUCUCCUGAGCAAAGGGUGCCAGUGUGGUAUGUAUUAGAUGAACUGGGCUGUGGAAUAACACAUUCUGAUAACCCAAACUUCAGAACCGUACCUUUUAUUUAUGUGCCCACACAAGUGACAUAUACAAUCAUCUUUCCAAUUCGAGAUGUAAAAGAGGGUGAUGCCAUCACAAGGAAUUUUGUUGAAGGAAAUUAUCCCCAUUACCGACAAAGAGAUGCAAUGCUUAUACCAUGGAAACAUUAUGACUAUUUUGAUGAAGACUUUACUCAGCAAGAACCAGAGUCAGAUUAUUUCCUAGAAGGUCAUGUAUAUGAAGAUUUACCUGAUUUGGAAAUAUUGGACAUUAGGCAAAAUAUUCCUAAUAGGCUAAAAGUGUUCUCUCAAUACAGUUUUAUAAAUGAUCAUUUAACAUCACCACAUUUCGAAAUAGUUUACAAUGAAAAUCAAGCUGACAUUAUGUGGUAUACAGAGCACUAUAAAACCUUCAAUGACCUUAGUAUCAAUUCACCAAAUACAUUCAUUAACCAAUUUCCUUAUGAAUAUAUUAUAACUGUCAAAGACUUGUUGCCAAUUGUGGCCAGAAGAUGUUCAAGUGACUGUAAAAAUCCAAAUGAUCCCUUUGAAUCUAAUCCUGCUUGGCUUCCAAUAACAUUUAAUUUAAAGACUGAACUUUGUAAACUUGUAUCAUAUUAUGUACAAAGGAAAAAGGCUGGGUUGGACAACCUUUGGAUUUGCAAGCCUUAUAAUCUUGCUCGAAGUUUAGACACCUAUAUCACAGAUGAUUUACAAUUCAUGUGCCGUUUGCCGGCUAGUGGACCUAAAAUUGCACAAAAGUACAUAGAGGACCCUGUUCUUUUUGAUAGACCAGAUGUUGGUCUGGUAAAGUUUGAUAUACGAUAUGUUAUAUUAUUGAAGGGUGUUAAUCCUACUGAAGUUUAUAUUUAUAAUAAUUUCUUCCUUAGAUUUUCAAAUAAACCAUUUGGUUUAGAUAAUCUGGAGGAUUUUGAACAACAUUUCACUGUAAUGAAUUAUUUAGAUGGAGUACCAUUGUAUAGAGUGCUUUGUGAUGAAUUUAAGGAGGCAUGGGCCAGACAGUAUGCCAAUUAUAAUUGGUCUGAAGUUGAAAAAUCAAUCACUGAAAUGUUUUCACAGUUAUUCAUAGCAGCCACUAGUAAAGAACCACCUUGUGGUAUUGCUAAGAGUCCUCAAUCUAGAGCUUUAUAUGCAGCAGAUUUAAUGUUAAGUUGGAACAAAAAAAAUGGUGAUACCACUAUACAACCAAAGUUAUUAGAAAUUAAUUGGAUGCCUGAUUGUCAGCGUGCCUGUGAAUACUAUCCUGAUUUCUAUAAUGAUAUUUUCUCUGUGUUAUUUUUGAAUAGAGAUGUUGGUUCAUGUACAAAGAUCUUGUAAAAUGUAGGUAACCACAGUAAUCAUUAAUAUAAUCAAUAUUUAUGUCACAAUUUGAUUAAGACUGUAAUCAUGUUAAGACUGUCUUAUUAUUGUACUAGGAUUUUUGGAAAUCCAAUUUUUAUCCAAAGAAGUAUUAUUAAAAAUAUUUGAUAUAUAAGUUGGACAAGUCUCUUUAUAUACUGGUGACCAGUCUUAGCUUGUAGUUUAUACUUUACAAUAACUUGUAAUGUAUUACUUUAAAUUAUAAGGACUAUUAAUAUAAUAUUUAUGAAAUGCUUAAAGCAACUAACAUUUUUUAUAAUAUUACUAUUGUGUACUACUGUAUCGAGGGACUUUCAAGUACCUAACAUAUAUGUAAACAUUAUUUAUAAGAUAAAACGGGUAUAACAAUCAUUAAAAUAUCGACAUAUCCCA